GUAUAUUGUAUACACAAAUGUUCGUCGCGAUACCCGAUUUUUAAAUCGGCAUCCCGUGCCGUCCGAGUAAACCGGAGUAAACGCGAAUAAAUAGGAUCUCGUUGCGCCACAGCUGUGAAAGAGAGAGGAAAAAGGGAGGGAAAACAAGGAAGGUUCCUUCGGGACAGUUCACGAGGAUCCUUCCCGCUCGCGAUUCGUUUCGAUUGGCGAUGGGAUCGGAGACGACUUAUCUCGCAUCCCCGGGAUCGCCCGUAAUGUAGUCGCAUUCGCCACCUGCCAGUCGCGUUUUAAAUGCCCGUAGAGGUGCACGCGGUGUCGCGGUCAGUCAUACACACAGUCGCGGGAGAAACCGAGGAGCGCGGAUCGUCGUAUCAUGGACGUGGGGAUGGCAGCGGAGGUCGACGGCGACGAACGGUCGCAUCCACGUUGCAUCAAAUUGCCACCCGCCGUCGAGGUGUUCGCCAAUUUGAAAAACGCGCAGACCUUCGCCAUAGACAUCGGAUUGUCAUUAACCAAAAUCGCCUAUUACUCAACCGUAAAUUACCGCAAAGCUCUUUACGAGGAUGCGGAGGGUUUAGGGAACAGUGGCGAACGAGCAUAUAAAGUAUUCGAGGGUAAUAGACUGCAUUUUGUUAAGUUUGAGACAAGAUAUAUCGAGAAUUGCUUAGACUUUGUUAAAGAGAAUUUAGUGGAUGUUAAACGAUUUCACGGGAAAAGUAUUAAAGUUACUGGAGGCGGAGCAUUCAAAUAUACCCCAUUGCUACAAGAAAAAUUAGGAUUAUUAGUUGACAAGGAAGACGAGAUAUACUGUCUGAUAAAGGGUUGUAAUUUCUUGCUUAAAAAUAUACCAUGUGAGGCGUUUGAGUAUCACCGCCAUGCGAAUCCAGAGUAUAAGUUUCAAAAAGCUGGACCCAACAUAUUUCCAUAUUUGCUAGUUAAUGUCGGCAGUGGCGUCAGUAUUCUUAAAGUGGAAUCAGAUGAAGUAUUUGAAAGAGUCGGAGGUACAGCCACAGGGGGAGGAACAUUUUGGGGAUUGGGAUCGUUACUUACGAAAAGAAAGGACUUUGAUGAAUUGCUGCAACUUGCAGAACAAGGAGAUCACCGUAAUGUAGAUAUGUUAGUGAAAGAUAUUUAUGGGGGCGAUUAUUCCUCCCAAGGUUUAUCUGGAGAGCUUAUUGCAUCAUCUUUUGGCAAGGCGGUAGCUUGCGGACAGCCAACAUUUUCUGAAGCCGACCUCGCAAGGAGUUUACUGUUCACCAUCAGCAAUGAUAUUGGACACAUAGCUAGUUUGUAUGCAACCGUUUACAACAUGGACAAGGUUUACUUUGGUGGUUAUUUCCUUCGUAACCAUCCACUAUCAAUGCACACCAUCUCAUACUCUAUCAAUUAUUGGUCUCAUGAUAAGGUAACGCCUCUCUUUCUUCGCCAUGAAGGUUACCUUGGCGCAAUUGGGGCAUAUUUGUACGGCACCGAACAGACAGACAAAUACAGCUGGUUGGAAAAUUAUGCCGGGUCAUCGAGUUUUAAAGAUUCCGUGUCAACCGAUCUCGGAAUUAAGAUCGAUCAAUUGGAAAUCGAUCAGGCGGAAUAUGCAGUUACGUUCUGCCCCCUACUAAAAGACCCCGCAUCUUACAAUCCGGACACUACAGAUCUCGCUCAGGACAAGGAAGCAAGAGAUUAUUGGCUGCAAUGUUUUGAAGAAUCUGUGGAUAAAUUUGUAUCGAGAGCUAUUCGCAGUCAGCCGCACAGUCCGACAGCAGAGGACAGAGGGUUGAAAUUAAAGGAGAAAUACAUAAACAGACUACACUACCUUCACGCGCAACCGUUUGCUUAUGGAGCACUUACGGUCAGAAUAUUAUUGGAUACCAUCGAGCAUUGCAUGAAAGAAUUUGAUUUUCCAGAUCCGUAUUUACAUCAAAAAAGAAAGGAGAACGAAGAAGCAUUGGGGCAUCUACACGAUCGCGUAACUACUCUUGACAAAUUAGAAGGUGCGGAAAAGAUAAAAGCUUUGAUUCUCGGCGUUCUCAGUGGUAAUAUAUUCGAUUGGGGUGCAAAAGAUGUUGCAAAGUUAUUGGAAACCGAUGAUUUUGGCUUUGAAGAAGCUCAAGCGAAAAUUCCAGGUAGACCAUGGCUACAGGAUAAUUUAGAUGAUUGGAUACACAGAUUACAGAAUGGACCAUCUCACAAAUGUGCAGCCAUCUUUGUCGAUAAUAGCGGCGUAGACAUAGUUCUUGGAAUCCUGCCAUUUGCACGAGAUUUGUUGCAACGGGGAACUAAAGUAAUAUUGUGCGCUAAUUCUAUGCCAGCCUUGAAUGAUGUAACGUAUCCUGAAUUGGUCGUCAUGUUACGAGACGCUGCCAAAAUUUGUAAUGUUCUCAAACAAGCGCUAGAAGACAAUACUCUUAUUGCUAUGGAAACCGCGCAAGCAGGUCCUUGUCUGGAUCUCAGUCGUCUGAAUUUGGAUCUAUGUCUCGCAAUGGUCGAGCACAACGUAGACCUUAUAGUCAUCGAGGGAAUGGGUAGAACUUUACACACGAAUUUCCAUGCUAAAAUGAAGUGCGAGUGUCUGAAAUUGGCGGUCGUGAAGAAUCGAUGGCUGGCGCUUCGUUUAGGCGGCGAUAUGUAUGCUGUGAUAUGCAAAUACGAGUAACCGCCGCCGAAGACCAACAUUUACGAUGUCGAGAUAAAAUCGGAGGCGAUAAAAGAGUGUUGCCCGUCGAAAUGUACAGGAAAGGCAACGGAACUUUGCAAGUGCGACAAUUCUAGCGAUAGAAGUACAAGUAAAGUACCGGUGUAAAAAAAGAAGCAAUAUAACGAUUAUAUCCAGACUCUAGAUAAUUACCAAUAAUUAAAUAUUACAACACAUUGCCUUCCGAAAAAGAGAAAAACUUAAAAAGACAGAGCUACGCGCAAAUACGCUUAAAUUCUAGAAAUGUGAUCGAGUCUGCACUGAUGUUAGGAAACAAACAUACAGAUGAAAUAUCAUGUGAUUUGUCAGAUAAUCGUGAUACAAGAGAUUAUUGAAAUAAUUUUAUUGAUAAUCAAUAAAAUUAUUUUAUUAGUAAUCUAUCAAUAAAAUUUAUCUUCUUCAUUUUUUUUUAUCGUAACGAUUAUUAUAUAAUAUGUUUGCCUUAGUUUUAAUUUAUUGUAUUACUAGUAUACUGUUGGUCUUCUCACACAUCGUUCUCAAGUAAUUAGUGUUAGCUUUAUCGUCUGCCUUCCAAAUUCUAGAUUUCUUAAUCUCUAAAAUAUUUUUAUAGUCUAAGCUGCGCAAGAUCCAAAUGAAAUUUCAUAACUCUUAUUCUAUAACUAUGAUCAAAAACAACUUCCUUUUACCGUUAAGAUAUCUGCAUGUUAAGUAAAACAUCUCGAAAAGAAAAAAAAUAUUCGUGAAACGUAAUUCGCGAAACGUUUUAUUUGUAUCGGGUAAAUAAGAUUUGACAAGAUAUUUUAACAAUUUGUCUCACUUAUGAAUUAAUAAUUAACCGCAAUACGCUUUAUCAAUCUUGUCCACAUAGUUACAGUUAACAUUAAAAAAUUAGUUAUUCAUUUUUUUACAGAAAUGCUAGGACUAUCAAUGUAUAUAAACAUGCAUGUUUGACCUUUAUGUAAAUGAUUAAAAUCGUUAUAUUCAAAUAAUUGGUUAAAGACAAUAAAACCGUUUUUAUGUAUAA